GGUUAACGGCUCUAAUCCACAGCAGCCUGCUUCUUUCCCCCCCACUCUCUCUCCACUGUCCACGCCUGAAGCGGGAUAUAACCAACUUAUCGGCUUUGGACCACAGUUUAUCCCUCUCAGAUUUCUUCACUUGGUCGUUUUCCAGUGUUUUUUCCCCCUGUCUCUCUCGCUCUGCCACUUAACCUAGAUUCAACAAUUGGCGACUCGGUGUUUAGACUGUUUUUUUAAUAGCCUCCCACACAGGCGCUAAACUGUCACUCUCAUGAGGAUACGAGCUUGAGCGCAUCCAUCCGAGGGCUUUCGGGAGAAAAAAAAAAUACGCGUUAUCGAGCUGAUGUUGUGCGGUAAUGUAGGAAACUACAGACAGGGAGGUUGAUGCACACCUUUUGGAGCUGCUCUCAUCUCCGACAGGUGUGCGAUUGCGAGCAGAGCGGAUCCGGCUUCGACGCAAAGUGUCCGUUUUAUCCGCGCAGACGGGCGUCCUGGUUAAGUGUCCAACUAUUUGGGCAAAACGCCGAGUGCGUCUAAACAUGUGCACCGGAGACGCAUGCAACAGAGAUCCCUGAGCAAGAGGAAGAGCCGACACCGAGCAAAUAUGGGACUUUUUGUGCUUUUCAGAUGGCUUGUGUUCACUGUGGUGGUGCCCUCCUGGCUGCUUGCUGUUCCAAGCGGCAUCCGUGAGCGUCCCUGCCCCCAGAGCUGUCGAUGUGAUGGGAAAAUAAUAUACUGCGAGUCCAAUGCCUUCCGUGACGUGCCAAACAAUGUGUCUGUCGGCACACAGGGCCUGUCUUUGCGUUAUAACAGCCUGGUGAGCCUUAGAGCCCACCAGUUUGCGGGCCUCAGUCAACUAGUUUGGCUCUAUCUUGACCACAACUACAUCAAUGCCGUGGAUGGCCAGGCUUUCCACGGGAUAAGGAGGCUCAAAGAACUGAUUCUCAGCUCCAAUAAGAUCACGCAGCUGAAAAACAACACUUUCCACGACGUCCCGAAUUUGCGUAACCUAGACCUUUCCUACAACAAACUGCAGGUCCUCCAGCCUAAUCAGUUCUGGGGUUUACGGAAGCUACUCAGUUUACACUUGAGGUCAAACUCCCUAAAAACAGUCCCGAUGCGCGUUUUCCUCGACUGCCGUAACCUGGAGUUCCUCGAUAUUGGCUACAACAGGUUGAGAAGCCUCACACGUAAUGCCUUUGCGGGACUCCUGAAGCUCAUCGAGCUCCAUUUGGAGCACAACCAGUUUUCUAAGAUAAAUUUCGCUCAUUUCCCUCGCCUGACUAACCUGCGGGCUCUCUAUCUGCAGUGGAACCGCAUCAAACUGCUAACGCAGGGCCUGCCAUGGAUGUGGACUUCCUUGCAGAAGUUGGACCUCUCAGGAAAUGAGCUCCAAGUGUUGGAUCCGAGCACAUUUCAAUGCCUGCCUAACCUUCAGACUCUCAACCUGGACUCCAACAAGCUCACUAAUGUCUCUCAGCAGACAGUGGAUGCUUGGAUCUCCCUCACAACCAUCAGUUUGGCCGGUAAUUUGUGGUACUGUAACCCCAACGUUUGCCCUCUGGUAUCCUGGCUCAAAGUCUUCAAGGGUAACAAGGAGUUUACAAUGAUAUGUACCAGCCCUAAGGAGGCACAAGGAGAGAAAGUUACAGAUGUGGUGGAGACCUACAACAUCUGUACUGCAACUCCGACCCCUAUCCCCUCAACGACAUUGCCCCUCACAACGGCGUUUCAGCCUGAGCUGAAACCUCUCCCCACGCAGUUUGCGGUGGAUAAAAAGCUAACCUGGAACAGGACAGCCUCUCCAACUCCUUCCGAGGCCUCCCCCACUAUCCCAUUACCAGACACCGAGUACGUGUCCUUCCACAAGAUCAUAGCCGGUAGCGUGGCCCUCUUCUUAUCUGUGGCUAUAAUUCUGCUGGUUAUCUAUGUGUCGUGGAAGCGCUAUCCCAGCAGCAUCAAACAGCUUCAGCAGCGCUCGGCGGUUAAGAAGCGCCAGAAAAAGGCACGGGAGACCGAGCGCUCCUUUAAUUCACCACUGCAAGAGUACUAUGUGGACUACAAGCCUUCACACUCAGAGACUAUGGAUGUGCUGGUUAAUGGGACAGGACCUUACACAUACACCAUCUCAGGCUCCAGGGAAUGUGAGGUACCGCGGCAGCUGAGUGCUCUGACAUUGUACAGGUGUGAGCAGUCGGUUCUGGAUUACUGCCAUACCCACCUGUCGCUGCACCUCAAUGUGGGCAUGGAGCCCUCCACUCAGGCGCAGGGAGGUCCAGGGCCAGCAUUGUACCAACCCAGCCUAAUGGCUGCCCUCCCCUCAAAGCCUGUGCUGCCUUGCCCCCAGACCCACUCCCACCACCACUGAGCUGUGCACACCACGAGGCUCUGUCUCCAAACUACUGUACGUCAGCUGCACAUAAUCACAGAACUGCUCAUACGAAAUGAAAGGCUGUGUGGGAGGAAGCUGGGACUGGUAAAGAAGCAAAGGAGACAAUUAAUUUACUGCAGAGCAUCCUGGAACCAGGGUAAUGAAAAUGAAAAUAUUUCUCAGUGGAAAUAAAGGGGAGCAGCAGUUUUGAUUAGUGAGCUUCUGACCUACCUGACCCUCAAUGUCCUCAAUUAGCAAAGGAGGCUGAAAUUCAGCAUGACUUUCUGCAUUCUGCUUUGCCUCUUGAGGAGUAUUAAAGAUAAUAAUUUCAUGAUUUGUUAAUCUUAUUAAACAUAUUUCCUUGACUUCUCAUAACGUGGACACCCCUCUGCUGUGCAGGUAAAGUAAUCAAAAUGCAAAACGUUGUAAACAGAGCAGGGGGAAACAGCAUGAUAAGCAACUGAGUAGCUGAACAAAUGAAAGCUCGGCCAAGCUGAAAGGGUUUCUACUGUUUUGUUUUGUCUUUUUUCUGAUCAUGCUGUCAGCCAGAGGUCUCUCUCAAACUCAAGUCCCUGUAGCUUUUUUCAUUUCGAGAAAUGAGCCUCUCCAAUGAAAUUACCCAAGACAAGAGAAACAAGUCCGAAAAUAGCGGACAGUAAUUGUUUUAUAAAAUGUACAGCCCACACAUUUUGCUGGCAGUCAGUAUAGUUUACAUUGUGACUUUUGAAUUGCUUAAUGAUUUGUGAUGUUGAUCACGUUCUUAUUCAUUUGAGAAAUAAACAGAGGAAAAAUAAACACCAAGUACAGAGCUCGGUGCACUGGGACGUUCAGAUGUUUACUUUUCAUCCUUCAUUUAAAUCACUUAUGUGGCUAAUGGUUUUUGGUUUUUAUAAUGUGUUAUUCAGCCAAUUAUCUGAUUGUACACUUGCAUAUCUACACAUGUGCUUUUUACAAAAUGCUACAAUAUAAUAUAUGGCAAAUAAACUGUGCUAAAUGA